AUGAGCAAUGGGAAACAGACCCGCCAGGGUAUCGCCAUCGACCCCGAGGUCACUGGCCGGGAUGACAAUGACACUUGUGAUGAUGUGGAGAGCACCUUCUCGUCCACGGCAUCGGCAUCCUCGAGCAUUUACGAGUAUCGAAAGAUACAAGGACGAACCUACCAGAGCUCCAACACAACAGACUAUUGGGCACCUAAUGACGAAAAGCAUGUCGAGGCAUUUGACGUAGCGCACGAGUGGCUCACCAUGAUGUUGGAUGACAAGCUGUACGCUGUUCCACUUGGCGACAAUCCCCAGCGCAUCUUGGAUGUCGGAACGGGAACCGGAAUAUGGGCCACUGAUAUGGCCGACAAGUUCCCAUCUGCCGAGGUCAUCGGCGUCGAUAUCUCACCUACCCAGCCAUCCUGGACGCCGCCCAAUGUCAAGUUUCAGAUCGACGAUGCUCAGCUGGACUGGACCUUUGAGCCUGCCUCAUUCGACUUUAUACAUGUUCGCUAUAUGCAUGGUGCCUUUGAUGACUGGCCGAAGCUAUAUAGGCAGAUGUUCAAGUUUCUGAAGCCUGGUGGUUGGUUCCAGCAUAUCGAGCCCAAUAUCCACUUGAAGUGUGAGAACCCCAAGUCGGUGGCUGAGAACGAAACCUUCAAGCAAUGGGCCGAGCUCUUCUUCGAUGCCGGCGACAAGAUCGGCCGGACCUUUCGCGUCACCGAUGGCAUUAUGGAGGAGUCGGCCCGAGACGCAGGGUUCGAAGACAUUGUGCACAAGAUCAUCACGAUUCCCCUCAGCAGCUGGCCAAAGGAGGCGAGACUCAAGAAGGAAGGCCAAUUUGUUGGCUUGUACAUGGACUUGAGCUUGGAUGGCUUUGCCUUGUACCCGAUUGGACAGAUUCUUGGUUGGAGUCGCGAGAAGGUUGACGAUAUUGUUUCCCAGAUGCGGGCUAUUAUCCGAAAUCCCAAACACCUCGGCAGUGGAGACAUGCACAUGGUGUAUGGUCGGAAGCCGCUCAAGACGGAUGAUUGA